AUGGAACUUCUUGAUAGUAAUGGUCACGGGGAAACAAGCGCACAGAAUGCUGAAAAUAUUGCACCAGUUUCUGUUAAGAGUCCAGAUACAUCCUUGGAAAUCCAAGAAAAGUUACCUCACAAUUUGGCAGAGCACCAGGAAGAACUGGGGUCCCCUGUAGGCCACGCUGGGAGUUUGUCACCAAAAAUUCUCUCCCACAUAGUACCAGCUCAGGCAUCUGAUGUUUCGUCAAAAGGCGAGGGAGAUCAUGUUACUCUAACAAAUAAGGAUGAAGUGAAAAUCACAUCUGAAAAUGGUUUUACUGUUGCGAGUAUUAUGCCAACAGCUGAAAUGAAAUCUGAAGAAGACAAUAUUGCGCCAUUUGAGUCUGUUAAAGAGGCUGUCACCAAGUUUGGAGGAAUUGUUAAUUGGAAGGCCUACAGGGCUCAAUCAUUAGAGAGACGCAGGGUGAUGCAACUUGAACUUGAAAAGGUUCAGCAGGAGAUUCCACAAUUCAAAGAAGACUGGGAAACUGCUGAGGUGGCCAAGUCACACGUCAUUGAGGAGCUAGAGAGAACUAAUAGAUUUGUCGACGAGCUGAAGCAUAAACUGGAGAGGGCACAGCUUGAAGUGGACCAAGCAAAGCAAGAUUCUGAGCUUGGCCUGCUUAGGGCACAAGAGAUGGAGCAAGGGAUUGAUGAUGAAGCUAGUGUAAUAGCCCAAACACAGUUGGCAGUUGCCAAAGAAAGACAUGAAAAGGCUGUUGAGGAACUGAAAUUGCUGAAAGAGGAGUUAAGAUCAACACUUGAACAGUAUGAUGUAUUAGCCACUGAAAGGGAUGUAGCCAUUGAAAGGGCCGAGGAAGUUGUUUGUGCUGCUAAGGAUACUGAGAAGCAAGUAGAGGAACUCACUUUAGAACUUAUUGCAUCCAAAGAGUCUCUCGAGUUAGCCCACGUUUCACACCAUGAAGCUGAAGAGCACAGACUUGGGGCAGCUUUGGCGAAAGAGCAGGAUUUCCUGGCUUGGGAGAAAGAGCUACAAGAUGCACAAGCGGAGCUACACCAGCUCAACGAACAAAUUGCAUCCAAAAUGAAUGUGGAGUCCAAAGCUGAUGAAAAGCAGCGCAAACUACUUAGCCUGAAAAGUGCGCUAGCUGCCUAUGUGGAAAACAAAUUGAAUGAAGAGGCUGGAAUGGUUCAGGAGCAAGCUUCAAAAAGGAAGGAGCUUGCUGAAUUUAAAGGGAAAUUAGAAAACGCAAGAAAUGAAGCCAAUUUAGUAAGAGUUAUUGCAGAAUCACUCAGUUCAGAACUUGAUAGGGAGAAAGCGUUACUUGCUACAUUGCAGCAGAGCGAGGGUAUGGCAUCCAUCACAGUUUCUUCUCUAGAAGCUGAGCUCGAUAGGACAAAGCAAGAGAUAGAAAUGCAAGCAGCCCAGGAGGCAGAAGAUGCCAAGAUGGCAGCUCAUUUGGCACAAGAAGAACUGAGGAAGGCCAAGGAAGAAGCUGAGCAAACCAAGGCUUCUGUGACAACUGCAGAUACCAGGUUGCGUGCAGUUUUGAAAGAAAUAGAGGCGUCUAAAGAAUCUGAAAGGCUAGCCAUAGUGGCAGCUCAAGCUAUGCAAGAGAGCAAGGAGACAGGAAGCAUUGACGCUUCUCCUCGAGGAGUAACACUUCCUAUAAGUGAGUAUCAUGCUCUUAGCAAGAGGGUUCAUGAAGCCGAAGAACAUGCAAAUGAGAGGGUGGCAGCUGCGUUGGCACAAAUAGAGUUGGCAAAAGAGUCUGAAUCAAGGAACCUAGAGAGGUUGCAAGAGGCAUCCAGGGACAUGGACGAAAAGAAGAGUGAUCUUCAAAUCGCACUGGAGAGGGCUGAGAGGGCAAAUGAGGGGAAGCUUGGUGCUGAGCAGGAGCUGAGAAGAUGGAGAGCUGAACAUGUGCAGCGCCGGAAAGCCCAUGAGGCUGCACAACAUGCAGUUAGUCCUGUGAGAACUCCACCGAGGAUGUUUGUCGAGCAGAAGGGCUCUUAUCAGGAAGAAAAUGAACAUCUCACAGAUCCGAAGUUGCACAAGUCAACUGGUAGUAUGGAUCAAUUUGUUUCGGACGAGAAAUUGCGAAAAAAGAAGUCGUUCUUCCCCCAGAUGUCCACACUUUUGUCUAGAAAGGCACAUACACAAACAUAA